AUGAAUGUGAAUGUCGACUUUUUAUCACAAUUGAUUGCAGAUGCUUCCCCAUUGUUGCAUACAUCUGCUGAAGCUAAUGGGCAGUUUAUAUCACCAAAUCCAAAUCUAUUAACAACUCACAACAAUGAUAGUGGUGUUGAGUUUAAUUCAAUGUCGGAGUUUCCCAACAUUGAUACUUUAGAUUUCAUUCCUGCUGCUGCUGGUACUGGUACUGGUACUGGUGUGGCUCAACAACAGCAACAACAACAGCGUCAAUUUCAACAGUAUUUGAGAACUCCAAAAUCAGCUUCUAGUCCUAAAUUUCAAUUGACUGCUACUAAUUUCUCCAAUCAGACCACUCCAGCGUUUGGCUCUGUUGCCACUUUUUCCAAUAAUUCUUUCUUACCUGAUGGUAGCGACAGUGAUUUACUUCCAGCCAAUGCCCAAUUCACACCAAUUACACCGGGAAUUGUCAACUACAAUACAUAUAUGGCAACUCAAUCAGUGCAACCAAACAAUAAAUUUGAACCACUGUUGAGUACACCAAAUUCUGUUAAUGGUGUUUCUAAUUCGCCGGUACAAUUUUCGCCUCCUACACAACAAUAUCCUCCUUCUUCUUCAUCUUCAUCUUCUGCUCCUGCUUCAACUGUUGGUUCUACUGUUGGUGAAAAGACUGGUGCAACAAUUGGUUUGGGUGUGAGUAUUGAACCUGCUGUAAAGCACAAAAAACAGCCAUCGCCUCAUCAACAAGCUGCUUUACAUUUCCAACAACAAUUGAAUAAUGAAGCUGCAGCUAAGACACAUAAGCACAGUGGCGGUAGUUCUACUACAAAGACAAGAACUCAGCUGAGUCCAGAAAUGCAAAAGUUGAUUGAACAACAAAGAGAAAAGCAACAACAACAAUUGCUUCUAUUACAAAAAGGUGAAAUUCCUAAACCACCAGAAUUGAAACCAAAGAGAAAAUCCAGUUGCAGACCUCAUAAACAAAAGAGAAGAUAUAUUCCAGAAGAAGAGCAAUAUUAUCAACACCAAUACCAACACCAACACAGAAGAAUUGCAUCUCUUCCUUUGCAAACUAUUCCUGGCGACUCUCCUACAACAAUUGAAGUCUCUAGUCCACAACUGGAAGUAUGCAAUGACAAUAGUUUUGGAUGCAAUACUACAUCAUUCAUUACUGGUGGAAACAUCACUGCCGAAGAAUUGUUGAGUAAUGAUCCAUUUGAAGUGUUGGAUGAUCACAGGAAUAAUAUUUUCCCAGAAUUUGUUGAUUUGGAUUUUGAAGAUAUUGGUGGUGUUGAUUUCGAAAAUUCCAUUGAAAGUGUUGAUGUUUUAAGUUUGAACAAAAAUUCAAGUUCAACGAAUGUUUCUGUACAGCGUCCAACAUUGAAAAAGAAGAAAUCUAUUACUCCAGGUCCUGCCAAAAUUGUCAAGACUUUGAAAAAAGCUUCUUCAUUUAGUAAUGGUAGUGGUAUCAGUGGCUCUUCAUCUCCAACAUUCAUUAUAAAUCCAAAGUUCCAAUGGACAAAGAGUCAGACUACAGAACAACAACAAAGAUUGUUGAAAAAAAAAGUGCCAUAUCAACAUGCUCAUUCAUUACCUGAUUUGAGUAUUCAAGAAAUGCCGGUGUUCACUUUAAGCAAUCAUUAUCUGUUUGUUUAUGAAAAUGCUGAUUCAAUCUUACAAGAUGAGAAUAUCGAGGAGAAUUCACAAACAUCUCCACGUAAACAGCAACAACUACAGCAAUUACAAGAACAACAAUCUCAUAAAGAGGUUGAGUUGUUGCAAAAUCUUGAAUCUGGAUUGGUGGAGUUCAAACUUGAAUUGAACAAGAAUAAAAUGAGUUGA